CCCGGCCCGGCGGGAGGCGCCAUGCGGCGCCUCUGGCUGUGCGCGGCGCUGCUGGGCUGCCUGGCGGCCGCGCCGCCCCGCCGCGCAGUUCUUGAAUGCCAUCCUGGUGGACAUCAUAUCCUGAAGAGCCCUUAUCGAAGUGUUGAUUUUGAUUCAUCUCACCUGCAGCAAUCAGCUAUUCAGGAUUUAAUAUGUGACCAUUCCCUAACACCAGGAUGGUACCGCUUUAUGAUUUUUGAUAAGCCUGCUGAAAUGCCAACCAAGUGUGUGGAGGUGAACCACUGUGGUACUCAGGCGCCUGUCUGGUUGUCCCUGAGGGAGCCAGAAUCCAUGCCUCGGCCUGGUGAGAUCAAGCAGUUAACAGCUUGUGCGACAUGGCAGUUUUUCUUCAGCACUUCAAGAGACUGCUGUCUUUUCCAAAUCCCUGUGAGUGUGAGAAACUGUGGAGAUUUCUUUGUUUACCUACUACAGCCCACCCAAGGAUGCAUGGGCUAUUGUGCCGAAGGUAAGCUGGCUCCUUCAUCGUCUGCAUUUGUGUCACCACCACUACCAGCUACCCCGGAAGUUGUAGCAGAGUCAAUCAAAGGCAGCAUAUACCUAAGGUGUACCUUUGGCAUUCCUUUUGCAAACAGCUCAGUUGGAUUUGUUGUAGCUUGGUCCAGACUUUCUCCUGAAGGUGUCAAAGAAGAACUGAAACGUGAGACAGCAGUUCAUACGUUCUCACUUUUAGAACUAGAUGGCAUAAACCUCAAACUUGGAGACAGAGUUUACUGUAGCAGUUCUGCUUUUCUGUUGGAGAAACCAGAUAUACAAAGCUCUCCUGUUGAGAGUGAGGAAUUUUUUGCUGGAAUUAAGAUAUAUCCAGAAACGUAUAGUGUAUCAGAAGAUGGGAAAGAAUACAGACUGGCAAUAGAAAGUAGAAUUCCUCUUCCUUGUCCUGAAUUUGCACAGCUUGAAAAUGACUGCAGAAUUUCACUAACAUUAAAUACUGUUGACCAAGGUAAAGAACAGUUAGGUUUAAACUUGGCUCUUUCUUCUUGUCGUGUGGAUCUUCUCCAGAAACCCUGCAAUAAUGGAAUUUGUAGUCAAGCUGUAAUUUAUUUCACUGCUGUGACAGACUUUAUGCAGGAUGGAGACAGAGUUACCAGGAUUGUGGUGGAACCUAUAUCCAGUGAUAAUUUCUUGUGGAAUGGCUAUGCUCCAGAAAGCACACAGAUUACCGUAAAGGAUCUACCCACUGCUUACUGCUACUCAUUUACUGAUCCUCAUAUAAUUACGUUUGAUGGAAGGCUCUACGACAAUUUCGAAACAGGAACGUUUGUUCUCUAUAAGAGUACGUCUCGAGAUUUUGAAGUUCAUGUUCGCCAGUGGGACUGCGGGAGUCUUCACUAUCCAGCCUCCUGUAACUGUGGCUUUGUUGCCAAAGAAGGAAGUGAUAUAAUUGCAUUUGACAUGUGCAGCGGUCAGCUACGUGAGUCACAGCCACACUUAUCUGUAAUAAGUAGAGACACAACUGGAAGCAAUGUCAGGAUCACUGAGUCCUACCUCGGAAGAAAAUUAACAGUAUUGUUUUCUUCUGGAGCUUUCGUUCGUGCUGAUGUGAGUGAAUGGGGAAUGAGCAUAACGCUUAGGGCACCCAGUUCAGAUUUCAAAAAUACACUGGGACUCUGUGGCACCUUUGACGGAAGUGCAGAGAAUGACUAUCACACUGCAAGGGGGAUGGAAAUCCCAAACAAUUCUAAUGUUCCUUUUUCUUUUAUUAACGAAUGGAGAAUUUCACCAGGAGAUAGUUUGUUUGACAAGACACCUGCUUCUUUAACAUCCUCUACAAAAAGAGCCUUCUGUGACUGCACACUUGAAGAUGCUGGGCUAUAUCAAUCAGAGAAUAAACUAGAGUCAGUUUCUAAAUCAGAAUUUCCUCCUUCUUGCAAAGAAAGUGAAAAUGGUAGAUUUUCUUCUUUGAUACCAGGACUGGAUGUCACUGCUGAGUAUCUCAGUCCUGUUGAUCUUGUCAGAGGCUUAAAGAAACGUUCAUCUGCACAUGAAAUGGAUUCUUCUUCACUUCUGCAGAGGAAGAAUCAAUCUGAUAAGCAAACCAAACUUCACAAAAUAUCGCUGGUAAACACAAGUUCAGUAGAAAAUACUUGGAUAGAAAGACAAGGAAUUUCAAGCUCAGGCAUUAAAAGAAAUCCUCACAAUUAUGGUACUCAUCUUCUCAAAGGCCAGUCUGUUACAAGUAGAGGGAAGCGCCAAAGUUAUUAUGAAUAUCAUCCAGUAUUUCCAUUCCAAAGCCUUAGCCAAACAGACCUAGAAGGGUAUAGCUAUUUUUUCCCAGAGGACCAUGCCACUGACAUGCACCAAAAGUUCCUUCCUUCCUGGCCCACCCCUUCAGGACUGACUGAGUCUAGUGCUUUGGUAUUGUGCCAGCAGGCAAUAGUUAAUUCUAGUAUAGGAAGAUCUUGUGGUGGCCUUCUUGGCAGGCGAGUAGAAGAUGCGGUAGAUAUGUGCGUUAAAGAUUUGCUGCUGAAAGAUGACCUCAGCUGGGCAGAAGCUUUCUUACCUCUUCUAGAGAAUGAAUGUGAGAGGAGAGUUUUAGAAGAAAUAAAUUACAACCGACAGGAACUUCAAGGGUCAGUUGAGAACCUACUUAUUGCGUUAAAAUGUCCCAAUCUCUGCAGUGGUAAUGGAGAAUGUAUAGAAUGGGGUUGUGCAUGUUUUCAAGGCUAUAGCUCGUAUGACUGCAGCGUACUGUCUGACCAGGUUCUAGAAAUUACAGAGCUGGAGAAUGCUGGGUUAUGCGAUAUUCGACAGUAUGACUGCACAUCGGUGAGAGCUUUUGGACAUGGCUUCAGGGAGUCAUCAAGUCUGAAAUGUGAAAUUAGCAAAUUACAGUAUAAUGAUAGCCAAUGGAUUCUUGGAGAACCUCUAAUUAUGCCAGCUGCCUUCCAAAAUGCCGGGACUGUUGACUGUCAGUUACCAAGUGAUGGCCAGCAGUCUGAUGUCAUGGAUCUCGUUGAUGAUAAACCCAUUGCCAGGUGGCAAAUUAAGAUUUCUAAUGAUGGAUUCACUUAUAGCAACCCUAAAACAGUGAUAUUAUAUGAUGGAGCCUGUCAAACAUGUGAACCACAGGAAUCAGGAUUAUGUACAUUAAAGGAGAAAACAUGCAACAUAGAUGGACUCUGUUAUGGUGAAGGUGAUACAAAUCCAAGCAGCCCUUGCUUACUCUGCAGACCUGACAUAUCAAAGUUAACUUGGUCAGUUGUUGAAAACAACCAACCUCCAGUGCUUCAAAGUUCUCAGGGUAUGCUACAGACUUUCUAUGGAGAAAAUUUCGUAUAUCAGUUUUUGGCUUCAGAUCCAGAGGGCUCUGCUAUUCUUUUUACAUUGGAGUCUGGUCCUGAAGGUGCCAGUCUUUCCCCAUCAGGUCUCCUUUUAUGGAAAGCAAUGUCAAAGAAUCCCCAUAAGUUAACAUUUUCUUUGACAGAUGACUGCAAUGCAGAGACAAAGGUAGAAGUAGAGGUCAGUGUAAAAUCGUGCAAUUGCCUAAAUUAUGGCUCAUGUGUGACAAAUGUUAAUUUCCCACCUGGAAGUGGAAGAUACCUUUGUGUGUGUGCAGCUGGAUUUGAAGGUGAUCUCUGCCAAGUGAAUACUGAUGAAUGUAAACCUAACCAAUGUGGUGCAGGCAGAUGUAUGGAUGGAAUAAACAGCUAUUACUGUGAAUGUCCACCUGAACUUCAAGGUAAAAAUUGUCAAGAUGACAUAGAUGAGUGUGAAUCCAGUCCUUGCUUCCCUGGAGUAUUUUGCUUCAAUACUUUUGGUUCUUACCAUUGUGGUCCAUGCCCAACUAAUCUACGAGGAGAUGGGAAGUCAUGUUAUGAAAGCUUUGAAGACAUUAAUGUUAAAGGAGAGGAUUCCACAGGAGAAAUUGGAGGGAAUAAAGCUUUUCAACGAUCAUUCUUUGACAAGGCUGUAAGUGUCUCAAGCUAUAUUCCUCGUUCUACAGACGUCCCUGAAAGAUUUAUUUCUACAGAAGCGGCCAGUAGCAACACUGCACCAGCCUCCACAGUAAUAACACUCACCACUUGGAAGUCAUUUAAUUCUCAAAGAAGUGCUUCUGUGCAGUCUGCUGUUCCUGGAGACAUCGGCCGUGCUCUCGGCAUCAGCAGUGGUCACCUUGCUAAUGCGGAAGAGGGCUCAUCAGUGAGCACUGUGGUGGCUGCAUCAUCAGGGAGCCAAGCUGUAUUACCUGAGAGAAAAACAAGGACACAAGCUGAGGCCCACAGUUAUUUUGAGACUAGCAGGAAGGCUUCUCUCAGCAGCAGAAAAAAUAUAAGCAAAGGGCCUUCUUUGCUGAGCAGAGUGUUCAAAGGAGGACGUGCUCGCAGAGUUCAGCAGCUGUUAGCCAAGCGUAAAGCUAGUCCUUUGCCAUCUGUUCUUGUUGAAAUCACUGUCCCACCAAAAACACUUACUGUAACAUCAGAUGAAACAGUGAUGCCUAAAGCAGUAACCUGUUCUGAUUUAGCCUGUUUUCCUGGAGUACCUUGUGAACCAAGUCAGGACGGACGUGUCAAAUGUGGUCGUUGUCCUUAUGGUUAUUAUGGAGAUGGUAUCACUUGCAGAGCAAUAUGUAGACAAACGUGUGGUAAAAAUAUGGAGUGUGUGGCACCCAAUAUUUGCAAAUGCAAGCCUGGUUACUCUGGUUAUAACUGUCAAGCUGCUUUAUGCAGACCUGAUUGUAAAAACCAUGGGAAGUGCAUUAAGCCAAAUGUCUGUGAAUGUCUACCAGGAUACAGUGGCUCCACUUGUGAGGAAGCACACUGUAAACCACCCUGUCAAAAUGGAGGCACAUGCUUGGCCAGGAAUCUCUGCACCUGCCCAUACGGUUUUGUGGGACCAAGAUGUGACACAAUGGUUUGCAACAGACACUGCGAAAAUGGUGGUGAAUGUCUUACUCCAGAUGUCUGCCAGUGUAAACCUGGAUGGUAUGGACCUACAUGCAGUACAGCAUUUUGUGAUCCUGUGUGUCUCAAUGGAGGUUCCUGUACUAAGCCAGAUGUUUGCCUCUGUCCACGUGGAUUCUUUGGUGCCCAGUGUCAGAAUGCUGUCUGCCGCCCGCCUUGUAAGAAUGGUGGUCAUUGCAUGAGAAACAAUGUUUGUACUUGUCCUGAUGGGUACACAGGCAGAAGAUGUGAAAAAAGUGUCUGUGAACCAAUAUGCAUGAAUGGAGGAAGGUGUGUAGGGCCAAAUGUUUGCUCUUGUCCCUCAGGAUGGAGAGGAAAAAGGUGUAACACACCAAUCUGUCUUCAGGAAUGUAGGAAUGGUGGGGAAUGUAUUGGACCAAGUGCAUGUCAUUGCCCUCCGCAGUGGGAAGGAGUCCAGUGUCAGACACCUGUGUGCAAUCAGAAAUGUCUAUUUGGAGGCAAGUGUGUGUUGCCUAAUGUAUGCUCUUGUCGUCCUGGUUACACUGGAGUCCUCUGUGGGAAGAAAAUUCAGGUAAUUGUAGUGUCAAGGCAGAGUCAUAGACAGGCACUUUGUGAGUCAUUAUCUAGUCCACCCAUGUUCCAAGAAGCAGUACCAAAUAUACCAAACAUUUUUGUCCAAUUUUGUCCAGUCUCCAGUUCAUAAAAUUCCUAAAAGCUAGUCCAAUAGUUAAUCAGCUCUGCUACUUAACAAAAUUGUUUCUAAUACUUAAAUUCAAUUAUUUCUUUUGUUGCAAAUUAAACAUUCUCUCUUCUUUCCUCAGUGGCUGCAGUAGCAACUGAUAACUAACCUCUUCAUUAACAACCAUUCUUCUCUUUUCCAGAGUCUGACCUGAUUCUUGGGCAGAGUAUCCCACUGCUGACUUUCUCAGCUCGCAUCAGCUAUACAGUCACUCAGUUCAUCUCUGUUUUUACCACAUUUCUUAUUUCCAGGAGUAACACUGGGAAUAACCUUACUUUUUUUGCUUAAUAGUGAAUGAUGACCAUUUCUCUGAUUUGUCAGAGAAAUGAUUUGUUUAGUUAAACAUGUAGUUACAACUUUCUUUUCUGAAGUCUGAAGUAGGUGGUAUUUUACUCUUGUCUGCAUCAUCAAUUUCAUUGAAAUUCAUUAAAAUUGCUUCUUAAACUUUAUGGUAAAAAAUGGGCAGAGUAAUUAAAGUCUCUCUCUUUACAUUUAUUUAUUUUUCCUUCCAAGGUACAAAGGCGUCAUGGCUGAAGAAAAGCAAGUAUAUCGAUUAAAUUACAAUGCUGCAUGGACUUAUGAGACACUUGAAAAUGGCAAGAAGCAGUUGAAGGCAGAACGUUUAUUUAAACAAAAUGGGUAUCCAGCAGCAUUCUUGUAAAAAGUCGUAUUACAGCCCUGAAUUUUUGAAAAGCUUCCAUACAACAUCUUGUAGUCAUUAAGUAUGUAUAUUCUCUUAUUUUUUGCUGCUUCAUGCACAAAAGCCACAGCUGCUGAUUCCUCACUGGGCUCACAGAUAUGACAAACGUUGAUGUAGUCAACUGCAUCAUGCCCUUUCCUUUGUGGGAGCAAGAUUCAAAUAGCUGCUGAGUAGCUUGAGGAAAGAAGCUGGCAGCAUGUCAUCACUUGCGAAUGGUACCUUCUGGUUUUAAGCAUUGCCUACAUUGACAUUCUUUGGCUGCAUACAGAAGGAAGAGCAGAACUAUUCAUGCUUCUCUUGGUCUUGGAUUUGCAUCAGUCUGUGUUAUAAGGGCUAGCUAGCAGUGAGGAGGAAAGGGGGGAAUUUAAAACAACAGUUGGGUACUAACAACACAGGCAAGGCCACAUGUCUCAGCAACAGUCACAACUAGAUACAGACUAAUUCUAGUUUAUCCAUGGCAAGCCUUUGUAGCCAGUAGCCAGAUUCUGACACUUCUUUUCAACUUUUGCCAUUGCUUACACUCACAAAGCUGAGCAACCAGCUACUGAAUGUUUUCUGUGUCUGUAAGAACAUCUCUUUUAUCCCACUACUUUGAAAUGGCAUUUGGAAAGAUGAGGAAAUUUAGUUCCCAAGUCUCUCAGAGAAAUAUGACAAUGGUUAGCCAGAGAGGUCCCACACUGAAUUUUGAAAUAGGAAUUAAUAGGAGGAAUUUUGCUGUGUAUCAUGCUAUCUGUGUUGGAUCAAAUUAGACAAGUCACUGUAAAAACAUCAUACACAAGUUCCUCCUUCUGUUACUUACUGCUCCAACCAAUUGUUAGCAGCUACCAGCAGGCAGAUUGUUUCUGAAGUUCCUGUGGAAGACUGUCUUCUUUUCUUCCCUUACCCUGGAGGUGUGAAAGCUGUUUCAGUUCCUCUAGCAACUCACUGAGCCUCCAUUAAUAGAUACUUCCUUCCCUUUAGCUAAGCCACUGGAGUUCAGAGGUUUGGGGGGGGGGGGGGGGGCGGUUCCUGAGCAAUACCCAAUUUACGUACACACAUCAAGCUAAUUUUUCCAUUUACUGCCACUGUGGGAUGCUUGCUGGCAAAUCUAGGCUCUGAGUCUAGAUUUCUCUUCACCUUGAUAGUCCUCAUAAAUAAUUUUGUGAGGCUGGCACUUUUAGAGCUCAGCAUCAUUCUAGAAUAAUACCUGCUGGAGUUCUAAGUGUCUGAGUGCAUUUCAAAAAUAUUUUCAAUUUCCCAUUUGCAUUUUAAGUUUCAGAUGAGCCAGUGUUUCAGUCUUUUUUUUUUUCUUUUUUUCUUUUUUUUUAAAUCCAGCAGCAUCCCAGAUCUGCUGGGAACUGUUCUUUAUUAUUUAAAGUCUACUCCCCUGAACUCACAAGAUCUAUAUGAACAAAAGCUGACUGCUCUUCUGACCAGGGGUAGCUGUUGGAACUGAUGCCUCAUGAUGAUGCCUUGAAUACAUAAUCACAGGGCCCUGAAAAUGUUUCUGAAACGUAGACGCAGCAAUAUUACAUCUUGCACUAAUUCUAGUCCAAGUGGCAUUUAGUUACAGGGAUGUUAUACUAAGUAGAGAUGUGCUGGCUACCAGGAACAUUGUUAAUAAUAUUCUGGCUAAUCAGUUUGUGCAGCCCUCCACUCACAAAUUGAGUGAAUCUGUAUGCCUUUCCAGGAUUUCAGGCUGAAUAAAAGAUUUUUUUAAAUCGUAA